CUGAAAUGUUUCACCGUCGAGUAUAUAAGCUUCCCCCGCCCAGCACUUUCGAUCAUCGCCGGCUGCUCGGAUCCUCCCUUUCAAUUUUUCGAAAUUGGCGGUUUCCAAACGUACAGCUCCUACUUGCGGUGGACUGCGCAGAUUUCCAAUUGCAUCUUCAUCACUUCCACUUGAAGAGGUUGAGAGGAUCUUAGAUUGUUGUCCAAAAUGACGCGGUGACUGUCAUUCUGUGACUGGAACCGGAGGACCUGGAUCUUGCUUUGGUGAAGCAUUAUUUUGGUUCGGUGAUGCUUGCUUGGGGAGAGAGUUGAGAGGCUUGAGUUCAGUGGUGCGGUUAGUUGGAGAACUCGCUGUUAGCCUGCAGCUGUGAGGCUGCAAUUGCUCUCUUUUGCACCUGCGAGGCUGAAGGUUGGUGGCUCUGUGGUUUGCGGUCACAAUUCGGAUCGGGUUGCAGCCAUCGAGCGUGGUAGCAUGGGGGUCUGGGCAAUUGCUCUGCAUGGCGGUGCAGGAAUGAUUGCCAAGGAGAAGAUGACCGCGGAUUGGAAGAAACGCACUGAAGCUGCUCUUAACGAGAUCUUGGACGUCGGCAUUGCCGCUCUUAGGAACAGCCUUCCUGCUGUAGAAGCCGUUGAGCUUGUUGUGAGGGCACUCGAGGACAACACCUUAUUUAACGCUGGAAAAGGUUCUGUGCUUACAAAUAAGGGCACUGUGGAGAUGGAGGCGUCUAUCAUGGACGGAAGAUCAAAGAAUUGUGGCGCUGUCUCUGGAAUCUCUACGGUAGUGCACCCCGUGUCGUUGGCUCGUUUGGUGAUGGAUAAUUCGCCUCACGUCUAUCUUGCAUUCGAUGGAGCAGAAGAGUUUGCAAGGCAACAGGGAGUUGAGACAGUGGAUACGAACACCUUCAUUACCGAAGAGAAUCGAGAGAAGUUGGAGAACGCAAAGAAAACGAAUUCUGUCGAGUUGGACUUCUCUGAGCACGCUCCCGACGAUCUAAAUAGCGGUGACAACGAGGACACUCGCACCAAUGGCAAUGGUGCCGCCCAUGCAGGCUAUAACCCUGGACAACGGGAGAUCGCAAAUGAGAAGACGAAUGAUCACCCGGAUAGGUUUGCAAUUAAGAAGAAAUGCGCUCUCCAUCAGGUCUUCAAGGCAGAAUUUGAGACUGUAGGUUGUACCGCAGUAGACGUCUGGGGUAAUUGUGCCGCAGCAACCUCCACAGGAGGCCUUGUCAACAAAAUGUCUGGUCGCAUCGGUGAUACGCCCAUAGUAGGAGCAGGUACAUACGCAAACCACCUGUGCGCAGUGUCAGGAACAGGGCGAGGGGAAGAGUUCAUCAAACACACUGUUGCCAAAGAAGUGGCAGCUAUAAUGGAAUACAAGGAGCUUCCGCUUGGUAAAGCUGUGUACAAAGUGAUCCAUGAGAAGCUUCCUGAGAACAUGGGAGGAUUGGUGGCGGUAUCUACCUCUGGCGAAGUGGCCAUGGCUUUCAACACUCCCAGCAUGUUCCGAGCAAGUGCACAGGAAGGAGGCGAACGCAUGAUCGGAAUUUGGUGAACCAUUGCAGUUUUGGACCUGGGUUUUGCACCUUAUCUGAGAAAUAAAAAUCCAGCACACGUCGAGUGUUCUGUGCAGAAGACAAGUUGCAUUAAUAAUGUACUUUAAACACGGAAGGUAUGUCUUACGAUCACCAUGGCACCAUCACUUCCAAGAUGGGACAACAGCAUUUUGUGAAAAAGUUCAUCAUUUAGGUGAUUAUCAUGUCAUUUUAUCAUUCAUAUUCAAAUUCCUCUUCAUUCUGAGGUUUUUUGACUAUAA